CGCGAGUCAUCUCAACAUCUUCCAAGAUGACAACCCGAGCGGUCAGUCAUGCCCAAUUGGUGAAAACGCUUUUUAAAAAGGCAGUUAGAGCACAUGAAACUAAAUGCAUGUACAGGUUGCAGUAUAGGUUUGGUGCAGUUAAAAUAAGAGCUAUGUUUGAUGAACACAAAGAUGAGCGAGACAUGGAUAAAAUCCAUGAACUGAUGAGAUAUACAGAAACCAUGAUACACAUGAAAGUAGGAAUAACAAAGCAGUUUGAAGGAUGUCCAAAGGGAAUUUCCCACGGAAGAUAUGAUGUUAGCCCUGAUAUGGUAUUAGAUGCUUACCAUCCCAUGGAAAAAGCUGAAUACCCGACGUACUUUGCCAAACGAGAGCUAGCAAAGCGUGAUUAUAUUAUGUGGUGGGAGAAAACCUAUGGAAACACAGAGCCAAAAACAGAAAGCUAAUAUUGUUUUGUGAUAAGUUUUCAAAGGUAGCUCUCAAAACUAAAAACAAUUAGUGUGGUAUUGUGUCAUCAAAUUUUGAAAGAAGGACUAAGAGCAAAGCUUGCUGAGGUUCAGGAAAUGGAAAAACUGGUUUGCCAGCUACAUUAUAUAGCUGCAUUCAAGAAAAAUUGGAAUACCUUUUCAAAUGAAUAGGGAGCAUUGGUUUGUUUUUCAAGGUUAGCAAAUGUAUUACUAAAUAAAUUCUUAAAAACAGA